CGACUACAUGCUGGCCGACUCCGGCUCGUCGCCGGCAUGAGCAACAUCAAGACGCGCCUGCAGAACGCGCGCUCCAAGUUCCUGCGGCGGAACAGCGCAACGUCGACGGGCGCACGCUCCAUCGCCUCGUCGGCGGGCAGCGAGCGACACGCGCCGCCGCCGCUCAGCAGCCCGCUGCGGAAAAGCGUCUCGCUGCAGAAGCUGCCUGAGGCGGCGGCGGCGGCGGAUGCGGCAGCGGCAGCGGCCCUCGCCCACGCCCACGCCCACGCCCGCAAGCCCUCGCCCGCCGUGCCUGUCGUCUGUCCCCAGGUGACGCUCGAGGCGCCCACGCCCGUCCACGCCGUCGCGGUGCCGCCUGCCGAGCUCGACCGCCGCGCGCUGCCCGCGUCGCUUUCUUCCUCGACGACGUCGACGGCCCCCAACAUAAUCAGCAGCCUGCUCGUCCCCGACAUCCCCCCGCCCGCCGCUCCCGCCGCACCAGCCACAGCUCCGCCUACCGUCUCUGACGCCCUGGGCGCGCCGCCUGCGCACUUCAACGCCGACAUGCUGCACCGCAAGAUCUGGGUCAAGCGGCCCCAUGCCUCGGCCACGCUCGUCCAGAUCCGCGAAGACGACCUGGUCGACGACGUGCGCGACGUCAUUCUCAAAAAGUACGCAAACUCGCUGGGCAGAAGCUUCGACUCGCCAGACGUGACGCUUCAUAUUGUGCCCCGAGAUGGCCAGCGUGGAGCCGAACGCAUCCUGGGGCCCGAGGAGGACAUGUGCAGGACCAUUGACACCUACUUCCCCGGCGGCCAGACGGUCGACGAGGCCCUCAUCAUCGACGUGCCCCAACGACGCACUCCCAAACCCUCGCCGCGCGUGCCCACCUACUACCACCACGAAGAUGGCAUCCACCAGCAGACUGAGUACUUUCCCCCCAUGCCCGCCAUGGCUCACUCGCCGGCCGCUCUGGGCUCUGGCCAGCCGCCCCCGCUGCCGCCGCUGCAGCAAGACAACCGCAUUCCCCUGCCCCGCCCUCCUCAUUCCAUGUCCGUCCUCACCACCGGACAGCUGCCUACUGUGCCUUCUCCCGGUGGCACAAGGCGAGGAGCAGGCCAUGCACACCGGCCCAAGUACACGAGAACACACACGGCUUCUCCUACUACCCUGGGCGGCGGCAUUCCCUCGUCUGCUACCUCGGCGCGUCCUCCAAACCGCCCACGGCACGACUCUUCAGCAUCCGAAGCAAAGAAUUCGGCUGCCUCGAACAACCCAAUACCCACGCCUCCAGCCCCUGUUGAGGUUGCUCCACACCCGGCAGCUCUUCAAUCCCCGACCCCACCGACGCCACGCAUCUCGUCCCCGCAACCGCGCAAAAAGAGUGGGAAGCCGCGAAAGCCCCCGGUAGAAGCCCCAACUCUGCCUGCUGGUCUGCUAGACGGAUCAGUGCCUCCCAUCAAUGUACUCAUUGUCGAAGACAACAUCAUCAACUUGCGAGUCUUGGGCGCUUUUAUGCAGCGGUUAAAGGUUCGUUGGCAACGCGCCAUGAACGGAAAAGAAGCAGUUACCAAAUGGAAGGCCGGUGGUUUCCAUCUGGUGCUCAUGGACAUUCAGCUGCCCGUCAUGAACGGUCUGGAAGCAACAAAGGAGAUUAGGAGACUGGAACGUGUGAAUGGUAUUGGUGUCUUUAGCAGCGGUAGCAGCGAAGCACCCAACAAUCGGCUCGGACAGGAUGGCAAAGGCCAAGACGAGCUGAUCGAGGAUGACAAGCUAGGUGACAAGAGCAUGUUCAAGAGCCCAGUCAUCAUUGUCGCGCUUACGGCCAGUUCGCUGCAAAGUGACAGACACGAGGCUUUGGCAGCUGGUUGCAACGACUUUUUGACAAAGCCUGUAAACUUUGUCUGGCUUGAACGCAAAGUCAAAGAAUGGGGCUGCAUGCAGGCCCUCAUCGACUUUGACGGCUGGCGCAAGUGGAAAGACUUUGCCGACAAGUCUGAAAACAACGACACUACUUCGAAGCUGUCUGGCAGCUUCGCAAGUGUUGCCCCGAACAAAAAGGCAGCCAGUGGUGCCAGCCCGACAACGGCAUCGUCAGAAGCCAACGGCGUCAAGAAAGACUCUGAGAUUGAGAGGAAGAACAAGCGCAAGAGUCUCGGCGUUGUACCGCCACCAGUGCUACAAGAAGAGGCUGAGCCGCAGCCCGUUCAAGUCGACGGUUGAGACCAUGAAGCGCCACUCGUACAAGUUCUAAUACUCCUACGGCCCUGCGACUCGACAAAUUCUAAUACAACAACUACUACCACGAUGCCAUAUACAUUCUCUGUUUCCAGUCACCGAAUACUUGGCACACCAAUCACCAAUCUUACUUGGCUGUAAAUUGUCUUAACCCCACGUUUCAAGCGCCUCUGCUUUGCUU